GACACCGGCGUCAUGAAGCUGAAGAUGUGCCACCCGCAGACGGGCAUCGAGAUGCUAAGGACCGUGGAGACUUCACAAGCUUCUGCGAUUCAGCGUGCCGGACGCGCCGGCCGCGAAGCACCGGGAGAGGUCUUUCGCCUCUACGUCGAGUCAGACUACCACAAGAUGCCGGUGCAAACUCCGGCAGAGAUCUUGCGCUGCGAAAUGGCGUCCGUCUACGUCAGCUUGAAGGCCCUUGGAAUCUCGAAAGUCUCAAGCUUCCCGCUGGUGGACAGACCGCCACGUGAAGCUCUUGAGAAAGCCGCGCAUUUCCUUUGCCGGAUCGGCGCCUUGGACACCAAGGAUGCCCUGACCGACUUGGGCAGAAAGCUUGCAACUUUGCCAGUGCAUCCCCUGUACGCUUACUGCCUUCAUGUUUCGCUCGAAUUUGAAUGCACUGCCGAGAUCCUGAGCAUUGUUGCUAUGAUGUCGGCGGACGCGCAGAUCUUCACGUCCUCCAGGAAGCAGCGUGAAGGGCCCCAGCAAGCCAAGCCUUUUCACCACGAGGAUGGAGACCACUUGUCGCUUCUUUCAGCUUUCGGCCGCUGGCGGAAGCAGAAGAACAGAAAGGCCUUUGCUGCAGAAAAUUCCCUGAGCCAUUCAGCACUGGAAAAAGCGGAAAACAUUCGCAACCAGUUGAAGGAAAGACUGCAGCAGGUUUGGAAUGCAAACAUAUCAAGCUGCGGUGAGCCCAAGAAUUGGGUUGUGGUGCGGAGGUGCCUCUUGAAGGGCCUCUUCCUGCAGACCGCACGACGAGACGAGGUGAACCAGACCUCUUACCGGACACUACUUUCUAGACAGGAGGCCAAGCUUCACCCAUCCAGUGUCCUUCACCGCCGCCAGCCGCCCCCGUCCUGUGUUGUGUAUUCCGAGUUGGUGGUUACCAGCAAGAGCUACCUGCGAACUGUCACCGAGGUCAACCCGGCUUGGCUUCCGGAGCUUUGUCCGAAGUUCUUUGGCGGAUGA